AUGUUCCGUAAUCCCCUCUUUUUCUCAUUACUCGCAUCGAAUCUUUAUAUUAGUUCAGCUACAGUAAGUGGAACAACUGUUACUAUCACUGAUUCAGCCGAUUUUACGAAUCAAAAUACAAUUUCACUUAUUGUUGAUAAUAAAGCAACAACACUGAAGUUGUCUGGAUCAUUAACAGAAAUGCCAAAAUUUAAAGGAUAUACUCUCGUCAAAAAUGUUGUUAUUGAAGCAACUGGAAUCACAGAAAUCCCAGAAAAGUGCUUCUAUCAGAACUCGCACAUAGAUACAGUGACUAUGCACAGUGGCAUCACCGCAAUUCGUAAUUACGCAUUUACAUACAGUUCAAUUAGAUCAAUUAACCUCGAAAACAUUGAAAGCAUUGGCCAUUAUGCUUUCCAGAAGUGCCCGAACCUUAAGACUGUCAACCUUCAAAAAAUCAGCUACAUAGGCGUUGGUCCUUUCUACGAAAGUGGAAUCGAAACUUUAUCGAUUUCAAUUGGUGUCCACUUUAUUAUCCAGCGUGGUAGCUUCCAGAACUGCUUCUUCCUUAAGUCCGUUUCCUUCGCCAACACUGCUUCAAAUACCGAAGCCCCAAGAAGUGUCCAGAUCUUAGAUUACGCUUUCAUGAACUGCCAUCAGCUUAAGACCAUUACGACAAGCAACCUUCUUAUUAACGCUUAUGAUUACACCUUUGCCAAUACCGCUUUGGAAACAUUUCCAUUUGAAUCACUAAGUACAGUUGGCAGCUACACGUUCCUUAAUACAAAGCUCAAAGCUGUUGCUCCUACAUCAGCGACAACCUCUUUUGUUGGUUCACGUAUGACAUUUAGAUUUUGUUUUUAUAUCCAAACGGUAGACUUGUCAAACGUUGAUGGCAACUACACAAACUCAUAUGGUAUGUUCUACAGAUGCAGUGGCCUUACAACAGUUAAGCUUCCAGCAUCAAUGACAAUUUUACCAGAUUCAAUGUUCAAAGAUUGCCCAGCAUUAAAGAGCAUUAUUGCACCUGGUCUCACAGAGAUAUCAACUGAUGGCUUAAUGAGCUGUACUUCCUUGGAAACUAUUGAUAUCGGAUCAUCCUCCAUUACAAAGAUCGGAUAUCGUGGUAUUCAUAACUGUCCAAAGCUUAAUAUCACAAUCCAGAACGUACAUCUCGAUGAACGUGCAAUUUAUGCAAAUGAUGUAAUUGAAUCCAUGUCAGUUUCAUAUUUGAGUUAUUGGUCAUGCAUGAACAUGACUAAUCUCAAGUCCGUAAACAUCAGAUCCAACCAAUAUGAAAUUCCUGUGGGAUGUUUCAUGUAUUGCACCAAAUUAGAAACAGUUAACAUUCCAAAUACAGCAACAUACAUUGGAGAUCUUUGUUUCGCAUUCACGAAUCUCAAAAACACUCUUGAUCUCAACAGAGUUUAUAGAUUGAGAGAUUACGCGUUUUGGAGAUCGAAUUUGACAGGAAUAAGAAUAAAUACUGACAUGGGUCGUUUCGGAACACAGUGUUUCUAUGAAUGUCCAAAUCUUGUUACAAUUACAUUCACUUCUCGUGUACAAAAAGCGAUGAUGAGUCCUUUCUUUGGUAACAACCAGAAAUUUGAAUUUGUUUCACAAAGUAGUUAUGUUACAUGGGAUUCAACAAACAAGAUAUUGAGAAACAAUAAUGUAGUAAUAUAUGUUGCUCCUGAUGCAACAAUUUCUGAUGAUUUCUUCCAGACAAAUGAUUUCGAAAUUGGUUCAUUAUAUUGGUACAAACAACUUUCAAAUAUUAACUGUAUUACUUCUCAUAAUUAUAAUUUUGCUAAUUCUUCUAUAACAUCUAUUACUUUUACUGAUGAUCCAUCAGUAUCUAAUUAUAUAUUACAAGAUAUGAGUUACAGUACUGAAUUAACAACUGUCCAACUCUCUCCUGGAAUAACAGAAAUUAGUUCUGGUUGUUUCAAAGGAUGUUCUAAAUUGAAAACAAUUAAUUUAGGUGAUAUCAAGAAAAUAGGUGAAGGUGCAUUCAUCGGAUGCACUUCUCUUGAUAAUAUAGAUAUAUCUAAAGUAACACAUAUCAUGCCAGAAGCAUUUAAAGAUUGUGUUUCCCUUGAAAAAGUUAAUUUCCCUGCUUCUUUAGUUGAUGGAAGAAAUUCAAACAAUGAAAUCGGAAUGAAUUUCUUCGCAAACACAGGAUUCACUGAAAUAACAUUUGCAACAGCAAUUCAACAAACAUCAUACUUCCAAGGAAUGUUUGUCGGUUGCAAGAAACUAAAUAAAGUAACUCUUGGACCAGGUGUUUCAAAAGUUCCUGAUCAUAUGUUCGAAAACUCUUCUUUAGUCGAAGUUGAAUAUUCCAAUUCUUUGACAUCAAUUGGUCAUAUGUCAUUUGCAAGAACAAAUUUGAAACAAUUCACAAUUGGUCCGAAUUUGAAUGACAUAAAUCCAACAGCUUUCUAUGGAUCAUACAGCUUGAAUAUUGUUGUUUCAUCUGGAAACAACAAAUACGAGAUCAUCGAUGGAAAUCAUCUCGUUGAGAAGUCAACUAAAUCACUCGUUUGUUUAUUUGGAAAGAUUCCAAACACAUUCAAACUGAGUGAAGAGAUUUGUGUUCUAAAAGAUGCAUCACUUGCAAGUGCUCCUGAAAUCGACUCUAACACAGGAAAAGUAAUUGAUUGGGGAAUAACAACUUUGAUUAUUCCAGGAAACAUAAGAGUUGAAGACAAGAUGCAGCCUCUCAGAUUAACUCCUUAUUUGCACAACUUAUGUUAUGGAGGAAUUGAUCAGCCUCCUCUCUUGAAUUCCAUGGCAUAG